GCAUAAGAACACGAAACUUGUACAUCGAUCGAUAAUUUACAAUUAUGAACAUCAAUAAAGAUGAUAAUCCGGAGUGCAUUUUAGAUUAUGGGGCCAAAAUAGACGCAGCAAUAAUGAAAUUAUUACAUACAGAUUAUUGUUUAGAGAAAGGAGGAUCCAAUCAGAAUACAUGCCUGGAUUUUGGAAACCAAGUUAAUAAUAUUCWAAGUAGCCCAACAAAAGGACUUGAACAUCCUAAAAUUCACAAUCUUGCAUCUUCCGAUAACGAUAUCAUAGGGAUGAUGUGGGAACCAGAACUAGACUUUGUUGAUGAUCCAGAAUGCUAUAAUGAAUUUAAAAAUAAUGAUAUUCCAAUGAGGUUCAUGUGUGGCGUGUGUUUAGGUCAAUUUCGUACUAGAUGUGCUUUGGAYAUUCAUUUUAGAGUUCACAAAGGAGAUAAAUUAUUUAAAUGUGUACUAUGUGAUAAUAUAUUCAACGAAUUAGCUACUCUAAAACAACACCGAGAAUUACACAAUAUAAAUGAACUGGUUACAUGUGGAGUUUGUGGAUUAGUAUUUACUGAAAUGUAUCACAUGAUAAAACAUAAAAAAAAGUAUCAUUUUAAUGAAUAAUACAAAAAUUUAAAUUGGUCUAUGAUCAUUAGACCUG